AUGGUCACGAGGGAUAAGCUUAUUGGUUGGGGAUUGACGGUUCCUUCCAAUUGCGUCCUGUUCUCAGGUCACGAUGAGAGCCGUCAGCACCUGUUCUUUGACUGUGCUUAUAAUCAUCAGGUUUGGAGUUUCUUCCUCAGUCGAUUACAUUUGGUAGCUCCCCAGGGUUUUGAUGAAGUGUUGAGAUGGUUGAAAGCCUCAUCAAGAGAUGGGAACGUGAAUCUCAUCAUGAAGCUUAUUCAUCAGGCGGUUUUGUACUUGAUCUGGAAGGAGAGAAAUACAAGGAUUCAUUCAUCAGUGGAGAAGCCUCCAGGGGCUCUAAUAGCAGAGAUUAAACAGACUAUCAGACUCAGGUUGGACCCCCUUGCUCGGAGACAGAGACUCACAGCAGGGCAAUCAUCUGUGCUUGCAACUUGGAUGUCGUUUUUUGCAGUUUAA